CCCACCAAACAGUUCAGGCACUUCAGAAGGAUCUCUUCUUCUCUUCACAAUUCACAUGACUCGUACUUUCCGGCUCCUAAGCGACACUAACUCCUCGGCCACCACCGAGACGCCGCCUCAGCAAACCACCGCCGUCGACUCUGACUAUGUAGUAAUCCUUGCUGCCCUCCUCUGUGCUCUAAUAUGUGUUCUGGGACUCAUCGCCGUAGCUCGCUGCGCCUGGCUCCGCCGCCUCUCCGCAGGCGCCUCCCCUUCCCGCCCUUCUCCACCCCCCAGAAAAGGCCUCAAGAAGAAGACCCUCCAGUCACUACCGAAACAGACUUUCUCCCCCGAAUCCGCCACGAAAUUCACCGACUGCGCCAUAUGCCUGAUGGAGUUUGCCGCGGGAGACGAAAUCAGGGUGCUUCCACAGUGCGGACACGGGUUUCAUGUCCCCUGCAUAGACAUGUGGCUAGGUUCCCACUCGUCCUGUCCUUCAUGCCGUCAGAUUCUGGAAUUGAGCCGGUGUCGGAACUGCGGCGGGGUACCGGGAAGCUCCAGCUCCGGAGCUGAGUCUGAGGUCAGAUUGAAGGAACGAGAAGAUGAUGUUAAUAGGUUUUUGCCCUAACUCUCUUGGGGUUUGUCAUUUCAUUUUUUAGGUAAUCAAAAGCUAAAUUUCCAUAUGGUCUCCAAUCUACUCAAGUAUCUGUUUGUAAUAUUCUUGUGUAAAUUAAUCAAAUUUAGUAACAUAAUAUAAUUCAAGAAUUUCA